GUAGUUGAGAAGCCAAACGCGAGGUUUACGAACUAGUGUCGCCGGCGAGAACCUGAGAGGCUUCUUCGGACCCCCAUCCUAUUAUAUAUCUUUGCAAUCUAAUAAAGUCGAAUUCUUUGGAGGAGAGUGACCUAAACCCCAAACAAGAAAUUUUUCAACUUUUUAUUGUAUUUUCUGUGAAUGGGUAGAUGGAGAGCAGUCGGUGCUCUUCUUCUUCGUCGUAAUCAAUUAAUCAAUUCCUCCUCAAAGCCUCCAUGUCUUUGGAGACGCCCGGCGAUUGUUUUCCAUAAAGCUUCUGGCUUUCUUAAUUCCCGAUUCUUCUCAGCGUUCCCUUCUCCGAUUUCGAUUUACAACAACGACUCUGACUCUGGGUCGGGCGAUGUUUAUCAAAGCUACGACUUUGGAACCAAGGAAGAGGAAGACAAAGGCAAAAUCCCCAUCAAAGCCUAUUUUCUCAGCACUAGUAUUGAUUUGAAGGGGAUGCAAGCUGACAACUUGUGCAAUGUUGUUCCUCCUACCUCUCGCUCUACCAACUCCAUCGCUCUCAGAUUCUCUGAUUCCUCUUCCGGAAUCCCUACGUUGGACGAGAGGGAGAGUGUGAGCAACUGUCGGUUCAUGGUUGUCUUUCAAUACGGUUCUGCUGUUCUUUUCAAUGUUGAUGACUCUGACGUUGAGGCUUAUCUCGACAUUGUUCGUAGACAUGCUUCUGGCCUUCUCACUGAAAUGAGAAAAGACGAUUAUGCUGUUAAGGAGAAGCCUCUGUUGACUGAGGAAAUGAAAGGUGGGCCUGACUACAUUGUUCUCAAAACUUUGGAUACUAAUAGCAUCCGUAUUAUUGGGAGUGUGCUUGGACAAAGUAUUGCGUUGGAUUACUUUGUUUCUCAGGUUGAUAAGUUGGUGGAAGAGUUUGCUGGUAUAAACCGUGCGAUGGAGAAAACCGGAACUUUCACAAUGCACAGGAAAAAGCUCUUCCAACUCGUUGGGAAGGCUAAUUCUAAUCUAGCUGACGUCAUUCUCAGAGUUGGUCUCUUUGAUAGAUCCGAGAUUGCUUGGAGAGAGGCUAGAUAUGCGCUGAUCUAUGAGUACCUAAGAGAGGAGUACGAGGUUACUCAGAGAUUUGGGAAUCUAGACUUUAAGCUAAAGUUUGUAGAGCACAACAUUCAUUUCCUACAAGAGGUGAUGCAGAACCGAAGAUCAGAUCUAUUAGAAUGGUGCAUUAUCUUCUUACUUACCCUUGAAAACAUUCUAUCUAUUUACGAGAUUGUCCGAGAGUCCACAGGAGCUUAACUCUGAUACUACUACUACAAGAUCAUUGCAGAGUACUCAAAAAAAAACUCUGUCAACAUCAGAAAGAAUUUUUAUUUUAUUUUUUCUUAAUUAUUCUCAGAUUAGUUCAUUUGUUUUUUUUUUUAAUUCUCUGUUUAAACCUGUAAUAAAACUCAGCUUGAGCUGCUUAUGUCACAUUACAGUUUCAUAAAAGUUAAAAAGAUCAAAAAUACAAAAAAAUGGUUUCAAUCAA